AUGACGACACGAAUACUUGUUGAUGGAGCCGAAGAUACAGCAGUUGAGAUUUGCGCAGAGUGCGACCACUGCUGGGAUCAGCCACCAACACCGCCUCCGACAUACUCGCCGCCUCCGACGCCAGCCCCGACUUUGGCUCCGACUUUGGCUCCGACGCUGGCGCCGACAUCACCGCCAGCGCCGACGCCGCCGCCGUUGUGCAGGGAUUGGUGCGAUACAGAUUCGGACCCGUCCCAGUGCGACUGGGGCGCUUGCAACGGCUGCUCUGCGUGCAUUCCGCCGACUCCAGCGCCAACGACUCCAGCGCCGCAGCCGACUGCAGCAGCUACGCCGGCGCCCACCUCUCCCCCCACAUCACCUACGCCAGCACCUACGCCAGCACCGCUUCAGACGCCAGCACCUACGCCAGAAGCUACGCCAGCACCUACGCCAGCACCUACGGCAGCACCGCUUCAGACGUCAGCACCUACGACAGCACCUACUCCAGCACCUACGCCAGAACCUACGCCAGCACCUACGGCAGCACCUACGGCAGCACCGCUUCAGACUUCAGCACCUACGCAAGAACCUACGCGAGCACCUAUGCCAGCACCGCCUCCGACGUCAGCACUAACGCCAGUGCCAACGGCUGAACCCGUCUACGCCAUGAUCUUCAGUGUAGGAAAGUGCAAAGGGACCGGGACCACGACCAUGGCGGGCAGCAUCGAGGAAUGUGCCAUCUUGUGCGACGCACAAGUGGAUUGCCUCUUGCUGAGCUAG